CAGACAAGGGUUGGCGAAUAUUACGGGGCAACAGUGCGCGGACCGCCACCACGCGACGCGGUUGCUCCUUCGCGGUGCAUCGCUCUGAGCAGGAGCGGUACCGAGAGAGGAUAUCCCGCCAGCAGGAUACUGGCAAUCCCCCGCGAGGAAGCUUGCGCCAGCACGAGGCCGAGUGGUUUUUCGUGAAGAAAAGGGAUAGAUCGGGCGCUCUGUCGCCGCGUCAUCGCGCUCAUUGCCGAGAGACAGAGAGAAAGAGGGAAGGAAUGGAAAAAGCGCAAUAAAUAUAGCUAGCAAUUUAGACGGGAGCACACGCGUCAUGUUUGAAACAAGCUCCAGGGACACGAUGCGUCAUUCCAUUAAUUUACCCGCCAAAUUGAGCGCGGGGAAUUGCGACUCUGUACUAACUUUUCCGAAAACAGUAUCGCCGGUGCAGCGCAAAUCAGUUCGCUGCGACUGAGACAAUUGUUAUACCGAAUUGAAUUUGGCGGCCGCGAAGGGCGAGUAACGCGAGCACGAGGCAAUUAAGGACUUAUGAAAGAUUUCAUUUCUCCCCCACCCUCCGCGUUACUCGGAGUAUCGAUACACAGGGGGAUAAAUCGUGAGACAUUUAUCCGACGCGACGUUCUAUCGCCGGCUGUGGGAGUCUAGCUGUUGAUUACGUUGUUUUAAUCGCUCGGAGCAGAUCUCUUGGUACCCGAGAGUACUCCGAAAAUAUUUAGUUACAACGAUACUAUGGCCGACGAGUGUCGAGAUAAUCCUGAAACACAAUCGCUACCGUGAAACAAUCAGAGAGGCCGACCCUGUGGAAUCAAAGGGCGCAAGCUCGAUUGGACACUCCGUUCGUUCCCGUAAAUUGGAUCUGUCGCGCGAUACACAAAUUGGACGCACUGUGAUGAAGAAUUUCAGUGACACUUUCCCGAAAGCCGACGGCCGAGGGUGCAUCGAGAUUAAUCGCGCGAAGUAUCGCCGGGCCGCCGAAUGCUAAUCCCAAUUGCGUUGACAAAAACGGCACUCGAAACGUGGCAGCGGAGGGUAAUCGGAAGGGAUCCCGCCUGCGUGAAAGUUAGCAGAGAGACCGUCGGAAUCAAUUUCUGGUGAAACCGUGCGCAAGAGAAAUGUGGCCAGGAGAGGAAUGCCGCACAACUUUACGAUGAGGAGGAACCGGAAGAGCGCCUCGAGUCGUCACAGAAUCGACGACUGAUUAUGACGCGCGUCCGCACGCGGUGGCAUUUCUCUCGUCUCCUCCUGUUGUUCUCUUCCUCCGAAGCCCUCCAGGCACGGCACUGCCUGACCCUUCUCCUUCUCGGUCUUACUUCUCUCUGCACAGGCUUAUCGUGCGACGAGAAGGCUAGGCCCCAGAACCCCCGUGACCUGAACGCGCUUCCCAGUUACGUCGAAGCACAGAGAUACUCGGAGCGGAGGGACCUCGACGCUCCCAGAGUGAUCCCGGAAUGGAUACGACGCGAAAACGAAGCUUCAGGCAUGGCUGGUCAAAGUGUUAGCGACGUGGCCAGUGACGAUCAUCUUGGUGAUUCGCCGAAACUUCAAAGGGACCGCGAUGAAUCCAGUCCGUCAAUAACCAAACGAGCUUACCUCGGCGAUGAUAUCGUCGCGAGUAGCGAUCAAGUGCAUUCUGGAUCUACGAGUAAUUAUCCGAAACGAAAAUCUGACGAUCGAUUAAGUGAUUCCGCGAAGAGUCGCCAAGUUCGUGACGGAAUCAAUUUUCGAAGUAUGAGGCAGCGUGAGGAAAGUUCGGCGAAGAAUUGGCUGAGCAAUCUGGUCAAGAAGCAACGCGAUGUGCCAACGCCACAACUUACUCCUUAUUACACUGUGAAUCAGGCUGUGAACGAAGUCCAAUUUCGCGAUAGUGAUAAUGAAGCAAGCUUGAUUAUUUUAGACGGAUCUAGCCGAAGUGCCAGCAAUCUUCCCGGGAACAGCCCCGCUCGCGAUCGCGAUGCCGAGGACGCACUAAUGGAACUUCCGAUCGAUCGGUUGCAUUCGCGCGUGGCUCCGAGUGUCAGUCAUCCGACGGAGGCGGCGAGAAGUCGACGACAAGAGACUCAGUUUCGUAAUGGACUCAGUUCCGAAGCGGAACGAGUAGUAGGUCUGAACCCCGAUAAUUUAUUCGCCGAAACUUCCGUUAAUCGCGCGAAUAAACGCGCGAGUGGUUAUUCGGUCGAUCAUCGAAGUUCGCGCGGCGGCGAGGCCUCAAGCCGACCGAGCGAGCGCGGUAUUGACGUUGCUGCGGAGCGUAGCGACGAUCUCGCGGCUGAUCGAAGCGAUCGCGGGAUCAUCGGCACCUGGGCCGCGAGGCAAACUCAUUUGGACCGUCGCAAUAUCCACUCGCUUGAUUAUCGAAGCGGCGGUAAGCGCAGAACCGAGAACUCGGCCGACUGGCUUCACGAGAGCGCCGAUAUCGCAAUAAAUGACGUUCGUAAUGAGUUCACGAAUGCGAACGCGAACGAUUCAAACGUCAAUGCAGUCGCAGUUGCCGAUGACUUCGACGAUGUUAGUCGCACCAUCUCGAUUCAGAACCAGGUCGAACUCGACGGAAUUUCGGAAAUCGAGAAUCGAACGUCCAACGACUCGGAAUACGUCGACGGCUCCUUGGAUCUCGACGGAGAGGAAAUCCGCCCUGCGAAUUGUCGUAACGUCGCGUGCUCUAAGUCGAGCGAUGACGAUUCGGUGAUUAGAAUAAAGAACUUCGGCGAAGCGGAGGAGUUUGACGAGGAUCGAGGAUACGAGGACGAGGAUCGGUUUGCGCAAAUAGACGAGGUAUCGACAACAGCUGGCAAUGACAGCUAUACCGACGACAUCAAUGUCGACAGCGAAGCGCCUUUCACCGGCUUCGAGGGUUCUCAGAAAUUUCCCGUAAAAAUCAAUCAUCACAAGUCGCCGUCGGUGUCGUCGCAAGUCGAAAAGUUUGACAGGCGGCACUUCGGUCCGCAUAAGGAGGACAUACUUGAAGAAACAUCUACAUGGUACCCGAGUACCGUGCUUCUCGACCUGCCGAAGAGUCCCAGCAGAGAUGCGCCUCAUCGCAAAACGAACGACGGUUCCGACGGCGUCAUAGACAAGCUGGACGAGAUGGACAAUAGGAGCGAAGAGACGACAGAGAUCGACGAGGAACGGAAUAAUACUCAUGGCGAAUCGUGGCUGCCCGGCACCGACGUACCGGAUGAGCGUUUGUCGGUUUUCUCGGGCACCAAGUCGAACUCUGACGAAAGACUCACGGUGACUUCGAACGUCGCGGACAGUGAGUUCGAGAACGCGACGCGCAACAAUUCCGACAGCGGAGCGGAAAUCGAUGUAACUGUAUCAAGUGCGAAACCGACAGAGAAGAUGAAUAUAACUAUCUUGGGUCUCUUUGAGAUGACAUACGGGGCGGUACCAAGACCGGAAGGUGCCAGUGAGCUUCAAGCGGCCAAAUUGGCGGUCGAGCGUGUCAACGAGUUGGAUAUCUUAAAGCGCUUUCGUCUGCGCCUCAUUUACAACGAUACCAGGUGUGACUCUGGAGUGGCCGUGGAUAGAUUCUUUCACGCCUUGUACUCGACGAGGAAGAAGCAUCUGAUGCCAUUCUUACUCGGCACCGCUUGUUCCGAGGUAACCGAGACACUGGCCAAAAUCGUGCCCUAUUGGAACGUGAUCCAGGUGUCAUUUGGCUCGACGGCACCUGCACUCUCGGAUUCCAACGAGUUUCCCCUGUUCCUGCGAACUGUCGCGCCGGAUUCAAGUCGCAAUCCAGCCAGAAUAGCAUUGAUCAAACACUUCGGAUGGGACACCGUCACCGCACUCUCGCAAACAGGCGACAUGUACUCCUUGGCAGUGAACGAUCUGGUCACGGAACUGGAGCAAGCGAAUAUCACGUGCACCGCGACCAUCACGUUCGCCGAGAACGAUUACAAGGAGCAGCUACGAACUUUGAAGGAAUUGGACACCAGAAUCAUUAUUGGGAGCUUUUCACCGCGAUUGGCUCAACGUGUCUUCUGCGAGGCCUGGAAGCUCGGGAUGCACGGCGGCGAUUACGCGUGGAUUUUGCCAGGUGAAACCAUCGAUUCCCUGGGAAUAACGGGCGAUUGGUGGCACGUCGGUGUCGGAGAAUGUUCGCCUUCUCAGCUGUCACAGACUCUGGACGGUUUAAUCAUUGUCAAGAGCCACGCCACGGUUGUGGGAAACGAGACCAGCGCGUCGGGACUGACCAGCAAAAAAUUUACUUCGGAGCUGAAUAAUACAGGCGUUGCGCACUCAAAAUUCGCGGGUCAAACUUACGAUGCCGUGUGGGCUAUGGCAGCCGCUCUCGCCGAAACUGAAGUCCUUCUAAAUCGGCGAAACGAGAGCAUGGCACAGUACACGCACAAGAGGAAGGACAUCGUCACGCUUCUACUGCAGCAGCUUAAGGAUCUGCGCUUUAUCGGAGUUUCGGGGCCGGUUUCUUUCGAUGACGCAGAUCGCGUUGGUAUCACGGCGUUUUAUCAGAUGCACGGACACGAUAUUAAGAGAAUAGCUAUCUACACUCCCGAAGAUGAGAAACUGAUAAUGAACUGUCCAGGAUGUGAGGCAACAAGAUGGCCCGGAGGGCAAGUACCAGCGGCUCGCAGAGUCUUCCGAUUACGAAUGGUGACAGUGGCACCAGCCGCGUUCCUCGCUAUUACCUGCAUCGCUAGCGUUGGCGUCACCCUGGCACUCGCUUUUCUGGCCUUUAAUCUUCACUUUCGCAAGCACAAAAGCAUAAAACUUUCAAGCCCGAGGCUGAAUAACAUGGCAGCCGUUGGUUGUGGCCUGGUCUACGGUGCCGUUAUACUUUUGGGACUGGACGACGCCACGCUACCCGACAGCGAUGGUUAUUAUCCGACGGUGUGCAAGGCGAGAGUGUACUUGCUAUCGGCCGGCUUCUCCUUAGCUUUUGGCUCGAUGUUCACGAAGACUUAUCGGGUACAUCGAAUCUUCACUAGGAGUCGGAGCGGGGUCGUCAAGAACAAGCUGCUCCAGGAUACCCAACUGAUAUUCUUAAUCUGCAUGCUUCUGGUGAUCGAUGUCGUCGUGGUGACUCUGUGGGUGAUUUUAGACCCAAUGCAGCGUCACCUGCAAAAUCUUACUCUGGAGAUAAGCCCACAGGACCGAGGGGUCGUCUAUCAGCCCCAGGUAGAGGUGUGCCGUUCGCAGCAUACGAACGGCUGGUUAAGCGCUCUCUAUGUUUACAAAGGUUUAUUACUCGUCGUUGGAGUUUACAUGGCCUGGGAAACAAGGCACGUAAAGAUUCCAGCCCUAAACGACUCGCAAUACAUCGGUAUGAGCGUGUACUUCGUAGUAAUUACCUCGGGUAUCGUCGUAGUGCUAGCCAAUCUGAUGCCCGACCGCGCGACCCUGGCCUUUGUCACGAUCACUGCCCUGAUUCUGGCCUCGACUACGGCGACCUUGGCGCUCCUCUUCCUGCCCCAAUUGGCGAACAUCCUAGGGGGGGAGAGGGCUGAUCCGGUAGUGCAGAGUCUCGGCCUCAAGAUCGAAUGCAACACGCGUAGAUUCGUCACCGACGAUAGAAGAGAGCUACAGUAUCGCGUGGAGGUGCAAAACCGAGUUUAUCGUCGUGAGAUGGCACAGCUGGAAUUGGAAUUGGCCAGAUUGGAAAAGCAACUGGCGCAAGAGCCAGUGGAGCCGUCGCACACCUCAUCAAGCGCCUCGAUCCCACAACGAAAUCCAAGUAUCGGGGGCGGGUUACCUCUUUUGUUGCUCAGUGUUUUACCGCCGGUUAUUCCCCGAGCCAGUUGGCCCUCCGCAGAUUCAUCCGGCAUGCGUCGCGGUACCGUAGCAUUUAGCAGUCAACCGGACCUGGAGCCCGACGAUCCCAGACAAAGCCUGGCCGACCUUUACAAGCUACAUCGUCGCCGCGAGACCGAGGGUCCGAAUCGGCUGGGCGUUUUUCAACGACUCUUCAGUCUCUUCGGCAGCAGGCCUAGUAGCAGGAAAACCUCCACAGCGUCAUUCACUGGAGUCGCAUCGGCGCUUCGAGUCCAUAUGGGUUACAUCGCUGGUUUAGUGCCCGGCGCAAAAGCUGCCUCUACUUGCCAGGUGGAUGCCCAAGGCACUCACUCGCCUCAUACGCGAUGCGGUUCAGGGCCAAUAAUUAGCAUUACCAGCGAGGAAGACCGUAGGUUGAGCCUAGGGUUACGUCGCAAGGAAAGUAGCGAGCCUAAAGUAAAUUUCAGCUUACCGCCACAGAUGAGUACGAGCCAAUCGUCCUCUCGAGAAAAGAUACGCGGCUCUCCUCGGUUUCCUCAUCGAAUAAUCCCAGCGAAUAGUUUAAACGCUAUUGUACAAGGUACAUCGAUUACAAGAUCGCACCGUUGGCACUCGAUGGAUGAUGCGACGAAACCAAAGAUUAGCCAAACAACGUCUCAUGGUUCAAGCAGUUCCAAUUCCGAUGUAUGGGCAAGCGAAAUCAAGGUUCCUUUCAGCAAGUUGGCCAAUACUAUCAGAGCCAAGAAACCACCGGAUUCCUUAGCCCUGACUGUCGCUGUAGACUCGAAAAUGAGUCCAGUCGAUACAAGGCUGGGCAGUGAUCUGAGGAAACUGUUCAGGGAAAACGACAGCGAAGAGGCAGUCACUCCCGUCGAACAGGAACUGAAGACGACACAAUCGAGCUCGUCGUCCUCUUCGUCCCUGAAGAUAAUCGGUGCCACUAGCGAUUCCGUAUCUUUACAGAAUGAUUCCAUCUCGGAGACUCAACACGAUACCAUUCCAAACUUUCAUCAAGAAUCGAGACCUCGUCCAACGAGCCCCGUGAUCUCGGUGGUUGACACGGAUAACUUGGAAGAGGAAUCGAAUGUUAAUGUCGACAGUCACGUCGAUACUUCCUGUGAAGAGAAGAAACCGACUUCUGUUACAUAAAAUAUUCUGAACGUGAUGAUAACAAUUUUAUCUAAGUGAUAUAACGUUUAUUAAAAUUUAAGAGAGAGAAAAGAUAUAUCAGGGAGAAAACUGCGUUGAUUUUUUGUGUUCCACUCGCAACACCUAGCAUUUCGAAGUCCUUUCGAAAAUGAGACAGCGAUUCUAUCAAAAUUGCUAAUUAUCGUAGCCACUUAGACAAUCUAAAACAAAUUGAAAAUCUCUAAUUAGAUGUUUCGUGUGAUAGACGAAGGCAGCGUGAUAAAAGAUAAUUAAAGUGAUUAGGGUUGAUUAGAGCUUUCGCAACAGAGUCGGUAUACAAUACACAUAAUAACAAUAAAAUAUAUAGUAUAUAUGAGAUAGCUUUAAAUUGAUAUUUCAAAAACCGGAUAGAUCUUUCGAUAGUCAAUUCACAAUCCAACGUUAAACAGUGGUAAUAUUGUUUAUUAAUUAACGUGUUUAUUGUUUAUUAAUUAAUUAUAAUUGACUAUUUAUUAAGCAUUAUACGAUUUAGUAGUGUCAGAAACUGUGCAGUGGAACGCUAUAAAAUCGACACUAACAAUGCAAUAUAAAUCAUCAAAGGGAAAAGACAAUAUAGACACCCGGCUCAAUUUGACGCGAGAAUUGACUUUAUUCGUGCUCAAAAUCAAUAAACGGAAUAGUGUCUCAUAAUCAUGUGAAGGCUCCACAAAAAAUAACGAACGUGUAAAUAUAUACAUUUCUUGUCCGCGUAAUGCCCAAAUGUGAGGGUCACGGACCAAUCGCAAUGUAAUCUCAAACAUGUGUGUUCGUUAGUAACUGUGCCAAAAAAAAAGAAAAAAGAAAAGCAAAUUUAAGGCCCGUAAGAGUAUACAUUUGUCUUGGAGGAUUAUAAAAGGGACCAACGCUUAUAAUAUCCUUCUCUAUUUUUUACGACAAAUGAGUUCAGUAAUCUCUUGGCCCUAUUAUAAAUUAUAUAUCGUAAAAAAAAUAUUAUUUCUAAAAAUAUACUAGUUUUAACUUGUUUGAUAACAAAAAAAAAACACAAUAUUCUGCAAAACACUCGAAAUCGAUGAUAUAUUCACCAGAUAUAUUAUAUAUAUACAUUUAAAGAUAGAAUACUUUCGCAACUAUAAAAAAACUUUAAGUAUUUUAGAAAAGACAAACUAUAAAUACUCUUACGGGACUGUAAUCAAAGUGUUCAGUGCCCCAAAACCUUUUCUCUAGUACCUGCGCUCAUGUGUAAUGAAAAUAUAUCUGAUCGAAGUAAAGCGACUUAAAAUAAGAGUGCCACAUUUUGUUUGUAACAUGCGUGAAAAGUACCGAUAUUUUCAUGCCAUCGAGUAUAAACGUAUAUACGUAUUAAUAUAUAAAUAAGACAUGUGGCGAGGACAUAUUUCCUUUUAAAAUCUUGCUAUCCGGCUGAUUUCACUCGGAUAUCUUGAUGUGUCAAUCAAUAAAAAAAACUUUAUCAAUUAAGCAAUAAUCAGCAUUGUCUGUGCAAAUAAGAAAAUGAUGUAUAAUAAAGAACUAUAUAUAUUCUA